UUUGAGGUUUUUCCAUUUUCUUCUCUUUUUUUUAGGUUGAAUUUAAUUUCUUUUCAAUUUGUUAGUCAGAUUUGAUUGUAAUUUUCUGCAAUUAAGAUCUACCCAUUAGUUCAAAUGUUGUUUUUACUACAUUAGAGUAAAAAUUACCAACUGGGUGUUUAAAAUUUUGUAGAAAGUAGUGAACUUUUGACCUAAAAAGAAGAAAUUAUCACAAUGAUUCCUGUAAAAUUGGAGGUUGCAAAACAACAUUAUGCUACUAGUAGUCUUGUAAUUGGGUAUGCUCUUUGUUCCAGCUUGUUAGCUGUGAUUAACAAAUUUGCAAUCACUAAGUUUAAUUACCCUGGUUUAUUGACUGCUUUGCAAUAUUUAACCUCUGCUUUAGGAGUUUGGAUUUUGGGGAAACUAGGGUUUUUGCACCAUGAUCCCUUUACUAUUGACAUUGCCAAGAAAUUUCUGCCUGCUGCUUUUGUGUUUUUUCUUGCCAUUUUCACAAACACAAACCUACUUCGCCACGCCAAUGUCGAUACUUUUAUCGUGUUUCGAUCUUGUACUCCCCUUUUGGUUGCACUUGCUGAUACAACCUUUAGGAAGCAGCCAUUGCCAUCUAAGUUGACGUUUGUGUCAUUGCUGAUCAUUUUGGGUGGUGCUGUUGGUUAUGUUGCUACUGAUUCGGCUUUUACAUUGACGGCUUAUUCGUGGGCGUUUGUGUAUCUGGUGACUAUCACUACUGAGAUGGUUUACAUUAAGCAUAUGGUGACUAAUCUUGGAUUAAAUACUUGGGGUUUCGUGUUCUAUAACAAUUUGUUGUCUUUGAUGAUGGCCCCCGUGCUUUGGAUCCUCACGGGGGAGUAUGCCGAGGUUUUUGAUGCCUGGACUUCAAGUGCAGGGGAUCGGUUCAAUUCCACUGUAUUCUUUGCUGUUUCAUUGUCUUGUGUGUUUGGGUUGAUGAUUAGCUUCUUUGGUUUUGCUGCUAGGAAGGCAGUUUCUGCUACUGCUUUUACUGUUACCGGAGUCGUGAAUAAGUUUCUCACUGUUGUGAUUAAUGUAAUGAUCUGGGAUAAGCAUGCUAGCCCUUUCGGGUUGGUUUGCCUGCUCUUUACACUUUCUGGUGGUGUGCUCUACCAGCAAUCAGUUACUGGUGCUCCACCACAGCGUGAGUCUGCCGUGUCUAAGCAGAGUAAUAGUGAGAGUGAAACCGAGAAGUUCAUUAUGGAUGAAGAAAAAGGCAUCUCAGGCAAGAUUUCGGGUCUAUGAUGUGCUCUGUUGUUCCGUCAUUGAAGAAGAUUCUUAUUGCCACUUAUUCUUGGAGGUCAUACUCUCUACCAUCACAGAUCACGGAGGUUUUGUAUGGACUAGAUGCAUACUUGUUUUAUCAUUUUAAUGAAUUUACUUGGUCGUUUUUUUUCACUUACCAUGUUUAGAUAGUACAUGGUAUUGCUUUUCUUGAGCAGUGCCGUGGUAGGCAUAAAUUUCGUUAUAAAUAUAUCUUUGUGAUAGGUAGAGAACUUCUUACCACUCUUUGAUCCCUAAAAUGCCUAAGUACCUUGAAAUGUAUCUUUGUGAUAUCCUGAAUUGUAUCAACCAUCAUGAAUCUAAAGUUUAGGAUUUAGGAGUAAUAUUCAUGCCAGAUGUAAUCAUCUCAUUCUGUUGAGAACCUAUAUGAUGUGCUUUUAAUGUGCCUUUCACAUCCACAA